GAGCUUUGUCGCAUCUUCUGAAGGCGGAGAAACCUCAAUGACUUUCUAAGAAAUAACUUUGGAAUUUCAUCCAUCGACCUCAAUCUCAAUACCCAAGGGAAAAAUCAAACAGCAAUCAUGGCCGAAGGAAUUGAUAGAAAGAUGGAUGAUCGCAUGGAGUUUACAACUUCUGCAGAUGUUACCGUCGCGCCAACUUUCCAAGAUAUGCACCUUAAGGAGAAUUUACUCCGUGGUAUCUACGCAUAUGGUUACGAAUCCCCUUCAGCCGUUCAAUCCCGUGCGAUUGUUCAAAUUUGCAAAGGUCGCGACACUAUUGCCCAAGCCCAAUCUGGUACUGGUAAAACUGCAACCUUCUCUAUCAGUAUGCUUCAAGUCAUCGAUACAGCUGUCCGCGAAACUCAAGCCUUGGUUCUGUCACCUACUCGAGAACUUGCGACUCAAAUUCAAUCCGUCGUUAUGGCUCUGGGAGACUACAUGAAUGUACAAUGCCACGCUUGUAUUGGAGGUACCAAUGUUGGAGAAGAUAUCCGCAAGCUGGAUUAUGGACAACAUAUUGUUUCUGGAACACCAGGUCGUGUUGCUGAUAUGAUUCGUCGAAGAAAUCUCCGCACUCGUCAUAUCAAGAUGUUGGUUCUUGAUGAAGCCGAUGAGUUGUUGAACCGUGGAUUCAGGGAGCAGAUUUACGAUGUCUACCGUUAUCUCCCACCUGCGACACAAGUCGUUGUCGUUUCCGCUACCCUCCCAUACGACGUUCUCGACAUGACUACGAAAUUUAUGACCGACCCUGUUCGCAUUCUUGUCAAGCGUGAUGAGUUGACUUUGGAAGGGUUAAAACAAUACUUCAUUGCCGUAGAGAAAGAAGAUUGGAAAUUCGAUACCCUUUGUGAUCUAUACGACACACUCACUAUUACUCAAGCCGUUAUCUUUUGCAACACGAGGAGAAAGGUUGAUUGGUUGACCGAUAAGAUGCGCGAGGCCAACUUUACUGUAUCCUCCAUGCACGGAGAGAUGCCUCAGAAGGAAAGAGAUAGCAUUAUGCAAGAUUUCCGCCAAGGAAACUCUAGAGUCUUGAUCUCUACGGAUGUUUGGGCUCGUGGAAUUGACGUUCAACAAGUUUCAUUGGUGAUCAAUUAUGACUUACCAGUUAACCGUGAGAACUAUAUUCAUCGCAUUGGUCGAAGUGGUAGAUUUGGAAGAAAGGGUGUUGCGAUCAAUUUCGUGACCAGUGAAGACGUUAGAAUUUUGAGAGAUAUCGAGUUGUACUACUCUACUCAAAUCGACGAGAUGCCAAUGAAUGUUGCGGAUCUCCUUACUUAAUUUGUUUAGCCUAAUUUAGUCGAGGGAAGAUGAAUGAAGAGAACGACGGUGCUUCAUAAGCACGUCAAGAAAUAAACUUGCGUGGAGGAAACGGGAUAUGUCCAAUAAAAAAACAGAUUGACACAAAUUCACAAGCAAUUUCUUCCAAUGGAUGACAAAAGGAAAGCUUUUAGAUAAGGCACGAAUUCUAAAGUUCUACUAAUUUCGAUGUAAUCAAACUUAACAUUAUGGACAUCACUAUGCUUCGCCCCCUCCUUGGCCUGUUCGUAUCGCAAUAGAUUUGAAGGAAUGGUCACGAACGUCGCGAUUGCUCUACCCAAUGGUUUCUAACACCAAGGCAACCAAGGGCUGGGGGCAAUUUUUGUUAGUCGCGUGUAGUAGACUGGGGUCGGCUAAAGAUAUCUAGCCAUGAAGGAAUGAUUCAUCGUCCCACCAACAUGGACCGAUGGGACGGCGACCUAGUACAAAUGUCCCCUCUUCUCACCUACCUACCUGCCUGAUGGCUGCAUUAUCGUACCCCUCCAACACGUAUGAAUUGUAUGUGACGCAUGUGAUGAUGCACCCUCUAUCCUACACAGCCUAACGUGAAGCGUGCAAACAUAGACUGGAUUGAAGUGACGGAUUGAGUUGCAGUGACUGUUUCACGGGUUACGAACAAUUUAAAAUGACGACGAUGCAGACGAGCGUCGAAAGCUUAAGAUGUAAAAUGGAGAAUGAUUGAUUCAUUGAUUCAUUGAUUCAUUGAUUCAUUUCCUCUGCACUCCUAAAUAGGAUGUACCCUGGUCUGUUUGGUCUCUGCUGUGGACGGAUUUCGUGCAUAUAAACGCUUGGCAAUUUCGGACAUUAUGGGAUUGGUGUGGAUGUGGAUGUGGAUGUGGAUGCAUGGUGAGUGAGUGGUAAGUGGUAGGUAGGGUUUAGGGGGAUUGAGGUAAUGAAUGAUCAUGUAAUGUAAUUUCCAGUACUAUUUUUUACUUUUUUUCCUUUUCCUGUUCAGGGAUGAAUUUCAUCCAUUGUGAAUCUUGUUCUUGACAUGUGAAGUUUGUGAGGAGGGUGGUUUGGUAUGAAGUCUCUAGGUGUUGGGGGUGUGGAGAGUGUUGGAUGAUGAUGAUGAUGAUGAUUGUUUGAUUGUUUGGAUGAUUGGUGGCUGAUGAUUGAUAUAUGGAUGUAUUUUGUGUGAUUCAUCGGUAUACUGUGUUUUGGAGGGAGGGAGGGAGGUAGAUAGGUAGGUGGGUGCUGAGUGAUAAGUGAGAAAUGGAUGAGUGAGA